AAACAUCUGUAAUGACACAGCACCUUCCUACAUCCAGAACCUUCAACUGUCAUCAGUGCCACUGAGUCACAGUGACGUGUACAACGCGAGGGAGGUGGAAAACGCUAUUUUAGACCAUUGGUCACCUGUUGAUGUUUAGGCCCAAACUCCUCCCUGCAGAAUAUAACAGUCCACAACACAUUAACUAUCAAUCACAGCCUAUCCAUUGAACCUACUCGGGCAGAGCCUAGCUACAUUUUUAACAAGUCUCACCAGCCGGGAAACCAUCAAUCAAUUUCAGGUCCCACCAGUUUAAUUACCAGCUUUGGCAGUGUGGAGUUAGUCUUCUCUGGCAGAAUGAGCGGCAUGAUCCAGGAGAUUUUAGCUUUCAUUUUAACUACCUCGGGUUGGGUGCUGGUGUCUUCCACCUUGCCGACGGACUACUGGAAGGUGUCUUCGCUUGAUGGGACAGUCAUUACCACAGCUACUUACUGGUCCAAUCUGUGGAAGACUUGUGUCACUGAUUCAACAGGAGUCUCCAACUGCAAAGACUUUCCCUCGAUGCUGGCUCUGGAUGGUUACAUCCAAGCUUGUAGAGGACUGAUGAUUGCGGCCGUCUGUCUGGGGUUUUUUGGUUCUGUAUUUUCUCUUGUGGGAAUGAAAUGCACCAAAAUCGGAGGGACUGACAAGAACAAAGCCAGGAUCACGUGCUUUGCUGGUGUAGAUUUCAUUCUUAGUGGUCUCUGCUCACUGUCAGCGUGCUCCCUCUACGCACACCGGAUAACAUCAGAGUUUUUUGACCCGAUGUUUGUGGCACAAAAGUAUGAGCUGGGAGCUGCUCUGUUUAUCGGCUGGGCAGGUUCUGUUCUCUGCAUUCUGGGAGGCUGCAUGCUUUGCUUCUCAAUUGCAGAUUCUUGUACAAAAAGCAACAGUCAGGUGAGCUAUAUUUACAAAGGUGCUGCCUCACAUUCUCGUAUCUCCUCCUACCCGAGAGGGCAGGCGAAGUCUGUAAACCAGAGGCCGCCUCCAGACUACAGCAGCUCCUCCAGGAUCCAGCACUUUGAUAAGAAUGCAUAUGUGUGAGGGGAGUGAAUGCAAAACUCUUUCAUCGGGCUAUAAAAGAUGCACAGUAUACCAAGUAUAAAAGAUACAGCGCACACAGUAUGGUGGUUUCUGUCCAACAACAGAAUUUACAGAUAAUGAUUUGUAGCUUGCCUGGGACUAACGUUUCUUCCAGGGGCAUAGAUUUAAAGUUUUCUCAUACAGUUUACUCUGAACUUGGGGGAUUUAGAUUUUCUAUACAGGAGACAAUUUCCUUAAAUAUUGAAUGUUCAUAUAAUGUAACAGCAAAAUCAAAAACAUUAGGUCCAAAGUGGGCCUUUCCAAUGAAAUGUUGCAUCAUUUUCUAUUUUUUGUAGUUGUACGUGGUAAUAAAAUGCUUUAUAUUGUACAAGA